GAGUGAUCAGAGCAGCGCUUCCUCAGUGAAGACCAAACCGAAAGUAACUCUGAGGAAAGUGACGGUAACAUGUCGCCAUCAUAGUCCGAGAGAAGAUCCCCCAGAUCAGCGCUCUGGACUCAACACGGUUGACUUUCACAUCCUGCUUAUAAGUUUCAUGAUGGAACCUCCUGAAUUCAGCAAUGGAGAACCCAGCAGUGUGUCUGUGAAGAGUGACCGGUCCAUGGAGGAACCUCCUAGAUUCAGCAGAGGACGAAAACGCAGCUGUGUGUCUGUGAAGAGUGACCGGUCCAUGGAGGAACCUCCUAGAUUCAGCAGAGGACGAAAACGCAGCUGUGUGUCUGUGAAGAGUGACCGGUCCAUGGAGGAACCUCCUAGAUUCAGCAGAGGACGAAAACGCAGCUGUGUGUCUGUGAAGAGUGACCGGUCCAUGGAGGAACCUCCUAGAUUCAGCAGAGGAGGAGGAGAACCCAGCUGUGUGUCUAUGAACCCAGAGCUGAACUCACUGCAGAUAAACACUCUGGUGGAGGAAACUGAAAACCUGCAUCUGGAUUCUUAUCAACCAGUGAACGACGUCCUGAACAGAGUCUUAGAGACACACAAAACCAGCAUGAAGAACAAGUACGAGAGCUUAUUUGAGGGAAUCAGAACUGAAGAGAAUAAAACCCUCCUGAACAGGAUUUACACACAGCUCUACAUCAUAGAGGGAGAGAGUGAAGGAGUGAAUGAAGAACAUGAGGUUCUACAGAUGGACAGAACAUCCAGUAAAUACAUACAAGACUUUCCAAUCAACUGCUUAGAUAUCUUUAAAGAAGAAACAGAAAAGGGGAACAUUAGAGCUGUGAAAGCUAAACGUAUCCAAAAAGGAAGAAAAGAGAAUAAAAAAACAAAACAGCGAAAGAUCAAAGCUGUUCUGACUAAAGGAAUCGCUGGAAUUGGAAAAACUGUCUCUGUGCAGAAGUUCAUUCUGGACUGGGCUGAAGGAAAAGCCAAUCAGGAUGUAGAGCUCAUGUUUGUGCUUCCGUUCCGGGAGCUGAACCUGAUUAAAGAUGAUCAAUACAGUCUUCAUGGACUUCUGUGUGGUUUCCAUCCUGAGCUCAAAGAUCUGGACCCAGAGAUUUAUGAUCAGAUCAAAGCUGUGUUUAUAUUUGAUGGUCUGGAUGAAAGCAGAAUUCCACUGGACUUUGAAGAGUGUGAGAAAGUAUCUGACAUCACCAUGACAUCAUCAGUGGGUGUGUUGAUGACAAACCUCAUCAAAGGAGAGCUGCUUCCCUCUGCUCUGAUCUGGAUCACCUCCCGACCAGCAGCAGCCAAUCAGAUCCCUCCUAAAUACAUCAACCGUGUGACAGAGAUUCAGGGAUUCAGUGACCCACAGAAGGAGGAGUACUUCAGGAAGAGGAUCAGUGAUGAAGACCAAGCCCAGAGAAUCAUCUCCCACAUUAAGACAGCGAGGAGCCUCCACAUCAUGUGCCACAUUCCAGUCUUCUGCUGGAUCUCAGCCACUGUUCUUCAGAGAAUCAUGAAACAGCCUCAUACAGAAAUCCCUAAAACUCUGACUGAAAUGUACUCACACUUCCUGAUCACUCAGACCAACAUGAAGAACGAGAAGUAUGAGGAGAAACAUGAGAGAGACCAAAGGAACCUGCUGGAGUCCAACAGAAUCAUGAUACUGAAACUGGCCAAACUGGCUUUCACACAGCUGAUGAAGGGCAAUGUGAUGUUCUAUGAAGAGGACCUGAGAGAGAACGGCAUUGAUGUCACUGAUGCCUCAGUGUAUUCUGGGAUUUUCACUGAGAUCUUUAGGAAGGAGGAAUGUGUGCUUUUCCAGAAGAAGGUCUACAGCUUUGUUCAUCUGAGCUUUCAGGAGUUUCUGGCUGCUGUUUUUGUGAUUCACUGCUACGAGUGCAAAAUCAUGAAGGAACUGCAGUGUUUUAAACCACAGUACAGAGGGUGGUCUGAUAAUGAUCCACUGGAUGAUCUGCUGGUAGGAGCAGUGGAUAAAGCCUUAAAGAGUCAGAAUGGACACCUGGAUCUUUUCCUCCGUUUUCUGCUGGGCAACUUGCUGGAGUCCAAUCAGGAACUCCUACAGGGUCUACUGACACAGAUACAGAGACAACCAGAGAGAAUUAAAUGGCACAUCAAGAAUAUAAUAACAGAUACAGAUAAACGAGAUCACAUCUCAGCUGAGAGAUCCAUUAAUCUGUUCUUCUGUCUGUCUGAAAUGAAUGACCAGACUCUCUUCGGACAGAUUGAGGAGUAUCUAAAAUCAGAGAAACACUCAGAGGGGAAACUCUCUCCUGCACAGUGUUCAGCAGUAGCCUAUAUGAUCCUGAACUCAGAGGAGGUUCUGGAUGAGCUGGAUGUGAAGAAAUACACAUCAUCAGAGGAGGGUUAUAGGAGACUGAUCCCAGCUGUGACCGUCUGCAGAAAAGCCCUACUUGCUGGCUGUAAUCUCACCAGGGACUCGUUUGAAACUGUCUGUUCUGCUCUACAAUCAGCAAACUGCCCCCUCAAAGAUCUGAACCUCAGUUCCAAUGACCUGCAGGAUACAGGAGUGGAGCUGCUCUCUGCUGGGCUGAGGAGUUCACACUGCAAACUGGAGAAACUCAGAUUAGCAUCCUGUAAGCUUGGUGGCGAAGCUUGUGAAAUUCUCAGCUCUUUUCUGCAAUCAGCAAACUCCUCUCUGAAAGAUCUUGACCUCAGUAGCAAUGACCUCCAGGACUCCGGAGUGAAGCUGCUCUCAGUGGGAUUGAAGAGUUCACACUGUACACUGGAAGUGCUGAGGUAACAAAAUAAUUAAAAACACUAAUUAAUUACAGUUUAUUGCAUUAUU